AUGCAUUAUGUUCUAGAGAGAAAACAUACAGCAAAGCUCUACCAACUAAAGCUCUACCCACUAGAGCUCUACCAACUAAAGCUCUACCCACUAGAGAUCUACCAACUAGAGUUCUUCCAACUAAAGCUCUACCCACUAGAGAUCUACCAACUAGAGAUCUACCAACUAGAGUUCUACCAACUAAAGUUCUACCAACUAAAGCUCUACCCACUAGAGAUCUACCAACUAGAGUUCUUCCAACUAAAGCUCUACCCACUAGAGAUCUACCAACUAGAGUUCUUCCAACUAAAGCUCUACCCACUAGAGAUCUACCAACUAGAGUUCUUCCAACUAAAGCUCUACCCACUAGAGAUCUACCAACUAGAGUUCUUCCAACUAAAGCUCUACCCACUAGAGAUCUACCAACUAGAGUUCUUCCAACUAAAGCUCUACUGGUCCAAGAGAAUGUCACAGGACGACUCGGCCAAGUUAAAUGGGAAGAAAGCCACCAAGAAAACCCCAAAUGACUUCAUAUUUGGAAAAGUCAUUGGGGAAGGAUCAUUUUCAACAGUGUAUUUGGCAAAAGAGAUAGAAUCUGGCAAUGAAUUUGCAGUCAAAGUUCUGGACAAACGGCAUAUAAUGCGUGAGAAGAAGACCCAGUAUGUGAUGAGAGAGAAGGAAGUAUUGAUGAAACUUAAUCAUGCUUUCUUUAUACGUCUCUUCUACACCUUUCAGGACCAAGACAGACUCUACUUUGUGCUGAGCUAUGCUAGACAAGGAGAACUGUUGGACUACCUCAAUAGAUUGUCUUGUUUUGAUGAGAACUGUACCAGGUGGUAUGCAGCAGAACUUGUUCUGGCUCUGGAACACAUGCAUAGUCUGGGUAUAAUUCACAGAGACUUGAAGCCAGAAAACAUCUUGUUGAAUGAUGGAAUGCAUAUACAGAUAACAGAUUUUGGAAGUGCCAAGAUAUUAGAUAAGCAAGAAUCAACAAACAGUGGACCAGAACCUUCCCCGGAGCCUGGAAACCAACCCAAGAGGAAGAAUUCUUUUGUGGGUACAGCACAGUAUGUGUCGCCAGAAAUCCUGACCAGUAAAACGGCUUGUAGCAGCUCUGACCUUUGGGCUUUAGGCUGUAUUAUUUACCAGUUGUUAUCUGGACUAGUUCCUUUCCGUGGAGGACAUGAAUAUCAAAUCUUCCAGAAGAUUAUGAAACUAGAGUAUGAGUUCCCAGAUGGUUUUAAUCCAAUAGCAAGAGAUUUGGUGGAGAAGUUAUUGGUGAUUGAACCAUCACUUCCUGGCCUUUCUGAUCGGAGAGUAGCAGAAAUUAUUACGGAUACUGUGAUCUCGGACGACGAGAGGAAAUCAUUGAUUGAAACACAAGCAAAAGAAAAUGAAUAUCACAAAUUUGUGGAAGGCAACCUCAUUCUGAAACAAGGUCUUGUAGAUAAGAGAAAGGGUUUGUUUGCACGAAGACGGAUGUUUCUAUUAACAGAAGGUCCACAUCUUUACUAUGUUGAUCCAACAAAUAAAGUGUUAAAAGGCCAGAUACCUUGGUCAAAAGACUUGAAACCAGAGGCUAAGAAUUUUAAAACAUUUUUUGUACAUACACCCAACCGAACAUACUACCUGGAGGACAAGAAUUCAAGGUCACAAGACUGGGUGAACAAAAUAGAUGAAGUAUGGCAGACAUACUAUGGUACAAAAUCCUAG